GUUCGGUGGAAAGGUAACAGAAAGACCGGGGGCUCUAUAAAGAUCCAUUUUGUUCAGUCCGCCACUCCGCUCGUUUCAGUUCUUCGGUCUGUCUUGUUUCCAUCAGCACACACCAAAAUGCCCAGCAAGAGGAAGAAGAACAAGCGUCGCAUGCGGCGGGUGCAGGCCCAGAGGAGAGCCCUUGAAGAGCAACAUUCAGCGAAUCCGCCAGUCAAAACGAGCCCCGGGAUUGCAGUGAGUGCGCCCCCUGCUGCAGCCCCAAAGAAAGCUAAAACUCCAGCUCCAGCUCCAAAAAAGAUCCCAGAGGCCGUUCGCAUUGCUGUCCCCGUUGUGGAGACCCCCAGAGUAGAACCAAAACCAGCUGUGAUAAAACCAGAACCAGUUGUGAAAGAACCAGAACCAGUUGUGAAAGAACCAGAACCAGUGGUGAUAGAACCAGAACCAGUUGUGAAAGAACCAGAACCAGUGGUGAUAGAACCAGAACCAGUUGUGAAAGAACCAGUCGCAGAGCCCGUCCCAGUUGAGGUAGAGGUGCCACAGUCUUUGCUACAGCCUGAGGCUGUGGUGUUGGAACAGACUUCAGCUGAAGUUGAGGUGGAAGUCCCAGCCCGGGUCACUGAAGAAGCACCGGUCAUUGAGACUCCACCAGUGGAGCCUUCAGUUGUUGACGCUGCGAUAGUGCAGGUGGAUCAACCUAUCAUUCCUGAAACAGAACCAGUAACAGAGGUCGUACCCCCAGCUGAGGCUCCAGUGGCGGCUCCUGCUGAGAUUAAGAUUGAGACAGAAGAUACUACAGUCAAAGCCACAGAGACAGAACAGACGCAUAAUGUCUGCGAGCCACAGUCUGAGGUGGAGGCUGAGGCCUUGGCAGAAGAAGACACAGCCCUUGAGGCUGAGGUGGAAGUGGCCAUCACAGAAGCCACUGUAGAACCAGUGGUAGAGGCACUUACGACUGACGAAAUUUCUGCUGAAGCAGAACCCGCUGCAGUCGAGGUGGUUACAAAAACAGUGGUGGAAUCAGUGGAGGAGGUUAUCGCAGAGAUACCUGAGCUGGAACAGGUGAUUGAAGCUGUUUUCAGUCCUGCAGCCCCAGAAGAAGAUGACGCUGAAAUAGAAGUUUUGACUGAAGAUGUACCUGACGGCCCUGCUGAGCCUGUUACAAUGACAGAGGAUGCCCCUGCCCAAGCUGUGGAAAUCCCAGUGGUGCCAGUCACCAUCCCAGAGGCUCCGGUAGAAGAGGCUGAAGCCCCCGUAACUGAAGUCAUUGAGGCACCUGCCACCCAGGAGAUUGCAGAGAGCCUGGUUGAUGACUUUGUUGUCACAGAAUCUGCCUCAGCAUUGGAUGUUGCCAUUGCUGUGUCUGCUGCUGUCGAGCCGGAAAUUGUGGAAAUGAGUGACACCCUCAACACCCAGUCAGAAUCUGUGGAUGUGACGCCCGCUGAGCCUGACCCUGCUGCUUCCCCUGCAGAGGAAAUUGUCAUUGAUGCCACUGCUGACCAGACAUUUACGGAUGUGCUGUCAGAAGAGCCUAAGUCAGAAAUCUGUGACAUGCCGUGUCAGAUGCAGCUCGCUGUCGAGUCUGCACAGAUCAGCUCAAUGGAGAUGUCAGUUGAGGCAUCGCUAAAUGGACACAUUGUUCCACAGGUCUCCAUCGAGGGCUAGAUACGAUCAUACAGCUUAGAAGACCUUUUUUGUCUAUUAUUCCCCUUUGGUCAUUUGGAGGGCUUGAGGCUUUACAGGGAGUCAACCAGCAACCAGAACCACCAGGAAAUUGAAGGGACAUCCACACUUGAAGUGCCUUUCUGGCCCUUGUUCCUGUCAAAACACCAAACGAAAUGUCAACAUGCCAUAAACCGAUGCAUUCAAGGCAGCACGACAGACUGUUGUCGUAAGUGUGCAGAAAUGGAAAUAAACAUUUUGUGGCUCCUGUAUUUCUCCCCAAAAGUAUGUACAGUAGCAGUGGAAGCAGAAGUUCUUGAGAGAUGGAGAUUCAUAAACCAAGAUAAAUGGCAAUGAUGAUAUUUCUUAGCAUGUUCCCACCUCUUCAGAAUAUCUUCUUCUGUACUACAUACAUUCAAUACAUGUGAAUACUGUAACAUUGAUGAAUGUGGCUAUAGUUUGUACUUGAGCCUGUGGUUAUAAGGGGGUGGGGGGCAACUCGUUCUGCUUUUUAGUUUUUCACAUUUCACAAAUCACAGAUUUUGUUUGUCAGCCCUUUUUUACCCUCAAAGACACAUCUACAAACUUCCCCCUAUAGCUCCAGUUCUCCCCUCUGCCUAAAUGAAAUGCCAAUGCUAAGGUUAGUACGGUGCCAAAACACAUCCUAAAGCUAGAGUUUUAGACUUUAUGGCCACUGGAGGAUGACAGUUUGAGGGGAUGAGCUGAGGUGUCAUUUUCUGUUGCUGUUGUUUCCCACACUUUUCUGUUUUUUUAAAGUCAUUUUGUAUAGACCACAUGAUGUGUUACAGUUUUAUAUUCAAGGUUUGUGCUCUGGAAAGGAAAUGUGAUUUGGUGAUGGGGAUCUCUGUUGUUGGGCUGAUGUGAUCCACUUUUGAAAUAAAGCUGUACCUCAUUGUGA